CUUUGGGCUUCUCACAGUGCGGCUCACCGACCUUGUGUAUCCGAGAAAUUCGUAGCAUUUGUCUAACUAUCUCAGCAAAUAACCUAAGGAAAUGGAGGCUCAGGCUUCAGCACCCCAACCUCCAGCAAAACGUGGACCCCCCCAUCAAAAGAAGUUCCCAAAAAGAAAGCAGCCGCAGCAUUCUGCUGACAUAGUGUUCACAAAAGGAUCUACCAUCCAUACAAUGCCCUGUCUUAGCAAACAGUUGAAGGGAAUGACAGACCACUGCAUCAUCGGCCUUCAGUACAUAUGGGAAUAUCGCAGCCCAAGUAAAUCUGUCCCUCCACACUACCAGUGCAAACUCUGCUCCUUGAUCCGCUUGCAGCAUGACAUGCUCGAUCACAUCAAAGGCUGGAAACAUGGCUUCCGAUACAUGAAAAAGGCCCACCCUGACAAGGUUACGUGUGAAGAAGAGGAUGCCAUCAAGGACCCUGUCAUCAGAAAGGCUGUUAAAGACGCUGCUGCCGAGGUGGAGCAGACAGAGGGCCGAGGACAGAUCAGGGUGAUAUUGAAGGAGCCAUGUGAUGUGCCAGCUUUCAAAGGACUCCGUUCGGCUGUUCCGAGACCUGGACCUUCACCAGGAUUAGGAUUAAUGGGACCCCCACCUUUCGGCCCAAGGUUUCCUGGAGACUUUCCUCAUGGUGGUCCCCCCGGUGAAUAUCCACUUGGUGAAUACAGAGAGCCCGGCUUUGGAGGCUAUGCAAACAGACCAGAUUUCUCUGAAUCCGGUUUGAAUCGAAGACCUUUCCCUGAAGGCACAGGCCGGCACCCAGGUGUUGGGGGAAAUGGAUUUGGUCCAGGUGGGGGAAGAGAUGGCUUCGGAAGGAGUGGACUACUGGACGACAGUCCGGGCAAAAUGUAUCCUGAUGAAUACAGAGGUGGCCCAAUGGGAAAAGGCUUAUUGAACAAACCAAUGGACAAGCCACUGGACCGGCCAGGAUUAAUGGGGGCAGCGCCAGAUUCACAUAACCUCCAAAAUACACUUCUCACGUACCUGGACACUUUCCGGAUUGAGAAUGAAAGUGACGCACAGCUGGUACUGAAGGUGACACAGAAGCUAACAGAUGUGCUGAUGGAGUACAGACUGAGGACUGUGUCUGCUGGUUCCAGUUUUAGCAGCCUGUCAAUGACCCCCCCUACCUUCCAAUCCACACCCCCCAGACUGUCUGGAGGUACCAGCCGUUACUCAAAUAGCUUCUCAGGCCCAUCCAAAUACUCUGAUAGUCCAGCCAAGUAUUACAAAUGACCAUCAGAAGUGACACCUGUUUCCACAUCCCAGUCUUACGCUCGCAUUGUGAAAACACAUGGUUUUUAGUUUUUUGUAAUUAUAUACAUACUUUUUGAUGCACCAUUCUUUUGCUACCUUGUAGUUUUCUUCUGUAGACUUCUAAAUAUGUGUAACUGAAAGAGAGACUAUCCCUGUGUUGAACAAUUUAAACUUAUCAUUUCCUUGAUGGAUUUUUUUGUUCAUUUCCAAAAAUGAAAUAAAAAUGUAUGGAGAAUGUG